UCUUUCUCGACGAGUUACUGGUUCGUUCCUGGCCCGUGGAUAUUUGAAGAUGCCAACUCGCUCCAUGCCCCAUCGGGGAACAACGCAACACCAUCUCGAGGUUGUCGGUGGUUUCCUCCAAGGCGUCGGCCGCGCCAAAUCAAUUCGACACUUCAAAAGCUUGGGAACCUACAGGGCGGCCAGGCGAGGCAUACGGAUUGAUACGGCACACGAUGUCCUCGUUCGAAUUGCUGCAAGAGCGCCUCGCCGCGCUUCAAGAGACGACGGCGCAGCUCCGCGAGCUCAUCGACCGUCUCGCCAAUGUCCAGUUCCAGCCGGGCUCGGUGCCUCUGAGCACCAGCGACGAGGACAACGUCGCCACCGAGCUGAGCACCGAGAUCACCCAGAUCCUGCGCGAGGAAGAGGAGGAUCUGGAACUGCUGCAGGAAGAGAUCAUCGACCUGCGCUCCGGCCGCCCGGGAAGCGAAGCCGAGCACCGCAAGGCCCGGCUCAAAGAUGGCGCCCAACGCCUCCAAGCCGAGCUCCGGGACUGCCGCAGCUCCUUCCGCAAGGCCCAGCUCUCGGCCCGCCGCAGCCUGGAAGCCGCCCAGAAGCUAGAGCGCGACCUCCUGCUCGCAUCCUACAUCACCGCCUCCGCAUCCGCCUCCUCGUCCGCCAUCCUCAGCAACCCCGAUAGCAGCAGCAGCCCGCCUGACUCGCAGCCCCAGCCGGGCGCGACGACCCCCACGCCGCAACCGCAACCGCCACCGCCGCUAUCCUCCGAGGAAGCCCGCAACCAGCUCCUGACGCCGCGCGGCCGCCGGCGGCAGCAGCAGCAACAGCUCGGCAAGAAGUAUCGCGGCGGAACCGGCACCGGCGCCGGCGACGACGAGGCCGACGCCGCGGUGGCCGCGUCCAGCGACAUCACGCAGGCGCUGCAGCGGACGCACGCGCUCAUCGCGGGCGAGCUGGCCAAGUCGGCGUUCGCGGCGCGGACGCUGGCCGAGAGCACGGCGGCGCUGGCGGAGCUGCAGCGCAGCUACGAGGGGCUGGACGGCCUGCUCGCGCGCUCGCGCGACCUGCUCGGCGCCCUCCUCUCGUCCCAAAAGUCCGACACCUGGUACCUCCAGGCCGCCCUCCGCCUCCUCCUCGCCACCCUCGCCUGGCUCCUCUUCCGCCGCUUCCUCUACGGGCCCCUCUGGUGGCUCGUCUGGCUGCCCCUCCGCACCGGCUGGCGCCUCACCUCCAAGGGCGUCGCCUACCUCGGCGCUGACGGCGGCGGCGGCGACGGCAGCAGCAGCAGCAGCAGCGCCACCAUGGCGGUCGUCGUGCCGGGGGAAGGGGGAGAGCAAGGGGGGCGGCCAAAGACGGUCGUCGUUGGCGUGGGGGAGGAAGGGGCCGUGCCGACGGUGAGGGUCGGGAGGGGCGAGACGAGUGAGGAGGGGAAACAGGGUGAGGAGGAUGGCUCGAUGGUUGAUAAGGUCGGGAGGAUGGUUGAGGAUACUCUGAAUCGGAGGGACGAGGAGGAGAAGGAGGAGGAGAAGGAGGAGGAGGCGGCGAACAGGACAGCUAGGGAGGACCCGGAGGACCGGCCGAAUCCGAAGAAGAGGAUGUGGGAAGAGGACGUUGGAGAGGGAGCGGGACGAGUGAGGGAUGAGUUAUGACCUCGACGACGAAUGGUCAUGUAUUACCAAUGGUUGAUACCUAGCUGAAUCCUAAUUUAUUUAUUUAUUUAUUUUUAUUUUGUUUACAAGGGGGGACCACAUGUUAUUGCUG